AAACCAUCGCGUGCACGACCACUCCAAAGUUGCUGGAAGUCCGGGACGGCGAUGGUCGCCACGCCUGUGCGGUGGCCGCGGGUGCUGACUCCGGCGCACCUCGCCGGCGCCAUCCGCCGGCAGAAGAGCCCCCUCGACGCCGUCCAUCUCUACGCCGACGCGCCGCGGCGCUACCCGCGCUCCUCCUACCGCCACAACGACGCCGUCCACUCCUCGCUCCUCGCCGCGGCCUCCGCAUCCUCCUCCGAUCUCCUCCCCUCCCUCCUCCGCCGCAUCCUCCCGUCCUCCCCCUCCGCCGACUCCCUCCUCGCCGCCUCCAUCCCGCACCUCCCUCCCGCUGCCGCAGUCUCCGUCUUCCGCUCCUCCCUCCCAUCCUCCCUCGCCCCGUCUUGGUCACGAUCCUUCUCCGCCCUCCUCCGCCGCCUCCUCUCCGAUGGCUUGCUUCCCGAAGCGGCCCGUCUCUUUGCGGACUUCGCGGGGAGGCCGGAAGUCUCUCUAGCGUCAGAAGACCUCACCUCGUUGAUCACUGGAUUGUGCCGUGCGCGGAGACCUGAACUCGCUCUGCAGGUGCUUGAUGAAAUGUCUAACCAGUGCCUCGCACCAGAGAAGGACGCUUAUCGCGCGAUCGUGCCUGCGCUCUGCGAUGCUGGCAUGCUCGAUGAGGCCACACACGUUCUCUACUCCAUGCUGUGGCGCGUGUCGCAGAAGGGAUGCGACGAAGAUGUUGUGGUGUACCGGGCAUUGCUGGUGGCGCUCUGUGCGGCUGGCCGAGGUGAGCAGGCAGAGAUUGUGUUGGAUAAGGUGAUUAGGAAAGGGUUGAGGUCCUCAGGUAGCCGGCGAUCUCUCCGUGUUCCUAUGCUUGCUGGGCUUAGUAUUGAGGAUGCCCAGGAAAUCAUUGAUCAGGCAUUGGUUGUUCGAGGUGGGCGUACUGUUGCAAGCUUUGAAGUUAUGGUUAUUGACCUCUAUGAUGAGGGAAGAUUGAAUGAGGCAGACAAUUUGUUUAAGGAGAUGGGCAAGAAGGGGUUCAAGCCAACAAUAUACAUGUAUGAGGCGAAGAUCACUUCUUUAUGCAGGGAAGGCAGGUUGGAUGAGGCUGUGAAGGUGUUGGAGGAGGAAUUACCCAAGAAUGAUCUCAUUCCGACCGUCACAACAUAUAACUUGCUAAUGAGGGGACUUUGCAACUCGAUGCAAUCAAUGAGGGCACUCAGAUACCUUGGAAGGAUGGAUAAACAGCUUGGUUGUGUUACUCGGAAAGAGACAUUUUCAAUCUUGAUCAGCGGCUUGUGUUCAGAAAGCCGGUUCAUCGACGCAGCACAGAUUAUGGAGAGGAUGGUUAAGGGUCAUCAUAGACCUGAGGCAGGCGAAUUUAACAAUGUCAUUGAAGGUUUAUGUUCUGCUGGUAGAACAUAUGAUGCAUUGCUAUGGCUUGAGGAGAUGAUCGACCAUGGAGAAACACCUGAUGUUCAUGUUUGGUCUUCUUUGGUUUCAGCAGCUUUAGGAUUAGGAGAAGGCCUUACAACUGCUGCUACGCAUUAAGUGGGAUUGGGCCAAGUACAUUCUUUAAGCACAAAAACAUCACUGGUUUGAGCGUACAGAAUUAGCCUCUUUUGUAUGUAAGUGAAGUAACAUUUUUAUCAUCCUGUUAUUUAUGCAGUUCCAAAAGGAAUAUCUGUAAGCUAAUUAUUUCUGCAUGUAGUAACAAUAUAUCUUAAAUCUACUUUAGUCUUAAUAAUGGUUGCGAUGAGGAAAAACAGUAAGCUGUUUUUAUUUACUAUACUUAAUACUA